CAACCUCGCCAAACUUCACUGGGAUUCGAAAGUGAGCGAAAAGUGUCUCGCAAGUUGAAAGGAUGGAGCUGCACAGCUUGCAAGAGGCGUUAAAAGUGGAAAUCCCAUGUCAUCAGAACGGUGAUCUUAAGAAACAAAUCCAUGAGAGGCAAUCGAGAAUAGCAGCUCUUAAUGAAAAACAAAAGCUGGCGGUGAGGAGCUGCUCCGCCGCCGUGCUGGUGGGGAGCGCAGGAGGGAAGAGCAGCGGGGCCGCCGGCAGCAGCAGCGGCGGCGGCGGCGGCGGCGGCAAGCAGCCCGCGGUGCCGGCGCUCCUCAAGGCGCCCGGCGGCGGCCCGAGCCCCAGCCCUCAGAGCCUGGCUCUCUCCGUGCUUCCGGCCAAGGGUCCCGUCGCCAUGGUGACCGCGCACCUCAACGGGGGCCUGGGCUGCAGCGCGGAGCCCCCGCAAAGCGCGCCCAUCAACCUGCAGACGAAGCUGGGCUGCAGCGCCCGCCGCGCGCCCGCGGAGCCGGCGUCCCAUGCCCAGGCUUUGGGAACCAUUACUGCAGUGCCGAUUAAAGUUCCUCAGGUCAGCUCCUUGCAGAGGUUGGCAGGACAAAGACCAGCAGUGCUACCUCAGGUUAGGCCAAAGACCCUGAUUCCUGACAGCCUCCCUAUUUCUCCAUGCAGAGACCAACCUUCCAAACAACCUCCUACAUUCCAAAAGGCAACUGUGGUCAGCAUCAAAAACCCCACGCCCGCCCUUCCCACUGCCAAUAAUACUGUUAGCCAUGUACAGACGCCCAGCAGCCAAUCACAAAGUAUUACCGAGUCCACAGCGAUCUCAUCGACCCUGAGUGGCGCUGGUGUGGCCUAUGCCAUCAUCUCCACAUCCCCCAACAAUGCGACACCUAUCAAUACCAGUGCAGCUGUCUCAGUGGUUAAUGACAGCAUUAAAGUGCAGCCACUCCUCAUCAGUGCUGACAGCAAGGUCAUCAUUAUUCAGCCUAAAGUUCAAACCCAAACAGAAAGUAAAGUGGAGAUAAAGAAGCCUCCUGAAGAGUCAUCUCAGGGACCCCCUGCUACCAAAAAGAAAAAGGAGGAAAAUCCAGAGAAAAUUGCCUUUAUGGUAGCAUUAGGCCUGGUUACGACUGAAUACUUGGAAGAAAUCCAGAGCAAACGUCAGGAAAGAAAGAGAAGAAGCACAGCUAAUCCAGCCUACAGUGGACUCCUGGAAACAGAGCGGAAACGUCUUGCAUCAAAUUAUUUGAACAAUCCCUUGUUCCUGUCAGCAAGAGCCAAUGAGGAUCCAUGUUGGAAGAAUGAGAUUACCCAUGAGGAACACUGUUCAGCAUGCAAGCACGGUGCCAACUUGCAACCCUGUGGGACGUGUCCCAGAGCCUAUCACCUCAACUGUUUGAACCCUCCCUUGAAGACUGUCCCCAAAGGGGUCUGGGUCUGCCCAAAGUGCCAAGAAAAGGUGUUAAAGAAAGACGAAAACGUGCCAUGGGCUGGAACUCUGGCUAUCGUUCAAUCCUAUGUUACUCAUAAAACAGUAAAAGAAGAAGAGAAGAGGAAGUUACUAAAGAAAAGCAGUGAAUUGAGGGGAGAGCACAGGCAGCUAGAGGAAAAAGAACAUCUUCUCACUAAUACAAUGAAGAAGUGCUUAGAGCGAAAAAACAGCUUAUUGGCCCAGCAGAAAGGGGUUCAGUCAUCGCUGGAACGCCUCAAAACUCUUAUUAGAUUGAUACAGAAUGAGCAGAUGAUUCAGGUUACCAUGACAACCACCACCACCUCCUCCCUGCUAACUGUCCCCUGGAUCAAACCGUCUUCUGCCUCCGCUGCUGCCGUCCACAAAGCCUUGCAGCCAACACAGGGUAACCACUGACAAGGGCUGCCUGAAAAAUCUGGUUUUCCUUUUUAAAAAGAAAUUAAAAAUGAACUUUAGA